AUGGCAUCUCACAGGCCAAGAACCGACCACAAUCCGGUGAUGAUGGUAUCUUGCGAGCUCGGCAACCUUGUCCAGCGAGACAUUGUCAACAAGGGAAACCUCAAAUUAGCCCAAGCUCGCGAGAUGGGUAUUCAUUUGAGAGACAUGGUCAUCGGCGACAAUCUCCUACCGACGUGGAAGUUUAGCUGGGAAACGGACGAGGAGGUGAAUGGUCAGCGGGAGAAUGAUGCCGAGCCGGCCCCAGAGAGUGACCUGACAGACUCGCAGAGGGACAACCUCUCCGUCAACGGGCAUUCCGAAAGCGCCACCAUCACGCCUGUCAGCGAUAUUUUUGACUCCAGUGUCCUGCCGGAUACUCCCGUUGGAAGCCCGAUCUCGCAGUGCGAUACCGAAGUGGACGAUGACAUUGCGGAAGACUACGGCCAGCUCAUUGAGAUGAGCAACUUGGUAGCCCUAGAGCCUACCUACGAGGAGCCAGAGGACUUUGCGGACAACGUCAUCCACAAUGUCCAAGUGUUUGGAGCACCACUGGGCUCGUCUUCCGAGGUCGAUCUCGAGGUGUACCUGGUCGAGGAGGACGACAUCUCUCAUCUCCCGGAGGUGGAACUUGCCAUUGACAGGGAGGCAUUCGAGUUUCACUUUGGAAAUGAAUGCGCAAUAGAUGUGCAUAUUCCCGGCGCUCGAAUAUUCUCCAUGGCGGCGAGCGACGAGGACGAGACCGAGGCCGAGUGUUUUGCGAAAACGCAGCGUCCAACUCCCAUUCCACUAUUCACGCGCAGCGAACUUUACGGUGAAAAUAUUCUCGCAGAUAGAGAAGCGUCAAUAGAACCAGAGCAUUCGGAAGAAGUCACCGAGGAUGAAUUGGAGGCAUCAGAACAUUCGGCAGAAGUUACAGAAGGUGAAACAGCGGCCGAAAAGCGAGGUGUCAACCCGACGGGAACGCGUAGGAUUCUAUUGGAGGCAAGCAAGGCGUUCUGGGGCUUCAAUAACGAAGAUUAA